GAGAGCUUUACAGCUGUUCGGUUCCACCAGUGGAUAUUCACUCUCAUGAACUCCCACUGAAUAAAUAAUCAGGUGAUUCAGUCAUGACGAACAUUAGAUUUGUUGCCCCGAAGAAUCCUUGGAGUGAGGUUGUGAACGAAUGUCAAUAAGUUAAGGAAAAUGUCAAAGGGUUUUGACAAUGGCCUAACGAAACGUCGACGAGACUGACGUGUGGUGCUGAAUCUAGUGAAUUGUUAUUUAUAAUUUUUAUUCUGUCGAUUAAAUCAGUAUUGUGUUGAUAUCAUCGGGCGAUGAUGACGAUUUGUUAUUGUUGAUCAAGAGACUGAUCAAUUGCUAACCGUAAACAUGUUCGAGGGGGCGGUGGCAGCUUUUCUUAAUCGUCUCCUUGGGAGAUACGUGGAGGACCUUGAUACGGAACAGUUUAAUGGAGGGAUAUUCUCUGGUGAUACGUACCUGACGGAUCUCAAGCUGAAACCAGAGGCAUUGUAUCAGCUUGGGUUACCAAUUAGAAUAGAAAUUGGUAUUGUUGGAAAGGUAUCGUUGAAGAUACCAUGGGCUGGUCUAUUUUCUCAACCUAUUAUUCUAAAUAUAGAGGACAUAUAUAUAGUGGCAGUGCCAGCAAUGUCCGGCAACUACGACGAAGUAGUACAAAAGCGUUUGAUGCGUGCGACAAAGCGCAAGCUCCUGGAGGACCUAGAAGGUGACAGUCUCCUGCACUCGGGUCUGCCAUCGGGCCUUCUGGAUACACUCAUGGGUUCCUUAAUAAAGAAUUUUCAGAUAACCGUCACAAACGUUCACAUAAGAUACGAGGAGAAGUUCUCCUGCAGCUCGAGCAUAGCUUGUGGUCUGUGUAUUCAGUCCUUCUCGAUAGCGACGACAAACAACAAGUGGAAGCCCGGGGUGACGCCGCCCACGUCGACGUCGAUCUACCAGCUGAUCCGGGUUGAGUCGCUAUCGCUGUACCUCAACCCCAAUGGCAGUCCCUCACUCGAGUUUUACCCCAAUAGCUGGGACUUCCAGAGCCUCGUUGAGUGGAAAGCUGUGAUGCACAGAUCGUUGCGAACGUUCUCCAUCAACAGCGAGGACUUUGAGUUCCUCAUCAAGCCUUUUACCACAAAAAUCAAGGUGAUUGUCAAUCAGAGCAACACGGGACAGCCCUCGCGAAUGCUGGUGGACAUUGUCCUACAGGAUGUGGCGAUGCAACUGUCGGAGAGCCAGUUCUCCAGCUUCUGUAAGCUCUGGAGAUCCCUCCAGCAGGGGCCCGUGGAGCGUAACAGACUUAUCCAACAGUCCCAUCCCACAUGCCUGAUCAGGGAGGACGCACGUGCUUGGUGGAAAUACAGCAUGACAGCUGUUCUCGAGCAAAACAUCCGGCCUUACACCUGGGAGUACGUCAAGAACCAUCGGAGAAACUACAGAAAAUACAAGGAGACCUUCAUGGAGGCCCUCAUCAGGCCAAACGAUACAGAAUUAAAACUGGAUCUCCAAAAGUACGAGGACUGCUUGACCAUUCUGAACAUUAUAAUCGCCCGUGAGGAGGGGAAGAUCGAGCUGAAAAAGCGAAUGCCCGAUUGCGUUACCGUGGAAAGCCUCAACUCAAAUAUCAGACUCCUGGUGAAUCUCGAGAGACUGCAGGAAUUGUCUGGGGUCCCCAUCAGUCCCAAAUCACUGAAGAAUCACUGUGAAGAAUUGGCGAAGCUCAAACUUGAGCCAAUACCAAGGUCCAUCGAGAGGAAGUACAAUUUCACCCUUGCCAACUGGUCUUUGAGUCUUUUAACCAACGACACCAACGCCAGGGAAAGGGAGAUUCUCGUGGUGACGAUGGGACAGUUCUUGAUGAGCAUUGAAACGCGCCCUCAGCUAGCGGCAUUCAAGGUGUCAGCGCGGGCUGAGAGUCUCGUUAUCGAGGGGGCUUCCUCAAUUGAAAACGAUCUGGUUCCACUGGUAACGGCUGACAAUAUACUCACCGGGAAUACAGCCUCCAACUUCCUCGCCAUUGACUUCGAGAGAAAUCCCAAGGACAGUGACUUCAAUUAUGAUAUAACCGUGAGGCUCGAGGCCUUCGAGGUGACCUACCACGACUUUGCGAUCAGGGAGAUCGUCAACUACUUCAAACGAAAUAAGUCCAAUGUCAGUCACCUGAUGUGGAGUAUGCAGAAGGUGUACGGAAGGACGAGGGAGAGACUGAUGGGGAUAAUAGGAUCAGUGAUGAGUAGAAGACUUCGAGUAAAUUUGAAGCUCGACAUCAAAGGCCCGUAUGUGGUAUUCCCGGACGGAGGGAGCCUCCAACAGCCCCUCUGUGGCAACAUAAUCCUGAUGGAUCUAGGUCGCCUAAGCCUCAAGACAGAGCUGCAGGCUCCGGAGGUGCAGUUAGAGGAUGCGACACUCAUGGAGUUAGAGGAGCUCCUAUACGACAGAAUACACAUCGUUCUAUCCGACAGCCAAGUCCUGAUCUGCCAUUCUGGAGACGACUGGCGCGAAUCCCGAAAUCUCAAGGACUCGGAAUUUCAUAUCGUCCCGAAGAUCCAUGCCAACAUCACCAUCUCCAUCAGCAUCAAGCCUGACUACCGUCUCCUACCGAGACUCAAGCUUAACAUCACUGUGUCGACAAUCAAGCUGAAUGUCUCCAAGCACAAGCUAGUGUGUCUCAACGACUUCAUGACCCAAGUCUCAAUUCCCCAUCCCCACGACCUCGAAGACUUCCGGAAGAGUCUUCUGAAAGUGAAGGAGGACAGCAGUGAGUGUCUUGCCAUGUCCUCCAGGGAGCUAACGAAAAUCCGGACGAUAGUGGCACUUGCAUCAUUCGUAAUUAUCCGCAAGAAGUCGGACUACGCAAUCAAUGGUAUUGAUCAGCUGAUAACGGACUCAGAGAAGAGUGUCGUUUCCUCCUCGGAGUUCAGCGAGGAGGACUUGGAGCAGUGGAUCAGGUCCAUCAAUUUGUCGGGCUUCGAUGACAACAUCUCCCCUCACAACAACGUCAACAUGCUCCUGAGGAUUAUGAUAGGGGAGUUAUCGGUGCACGCGAGCUACUCCCGUUCAAAUACGCCGGACGGAUCCAACUGUCAUAACCGGGACAAGCCGUACCUAAUCCUUCGUCUGUGCACGAUCUACCUUGAAUCGGCGCUCAUGGAGUACGGCCCAGCCUUUCAGUUUGGAAUAGGGACAAUUGUCCUCGCUGACAAGACCAACGCCGGCAUCACCGGUUCCUAUCUAGAGUUGAUAUCAGGAGACGGGGCUUACGACGUCGUUGGAGUUGCUUAUAGAAAGGUUAGGGCCAACUGCCCGGACUUCAAGACCCACUUCAAGAGCAUCGAGCAGUCGCUGGUGAUCAAUACGAGGAACAUCAAUGUUGUCUUUCACAAGCAGGCUUUUGUCAAGCUCAGUGACUACGUGGAGGAUCUCAUGCACAUUCCGUAUUCCUAUAACGCCGGGAAGAUUCCCAGUUUGGUAGAGGUAGUGAGGUAUAUCCGGGGACUGUUCAAGAAGAGGGAAGUGGACCCGCCAGUGCCGGCUGGAGCGAUCAAGCUCAGUUACUCGGCGAGGCUCAACAGCUUAUUACUUAAGCUCUGUACGAAAGACACUGAUCUUCUGGAGAUUAAGGUAAACAGCGUCGAGAGCGACUGCAUUUACAACGCCAAUGAGAGGAUGAUACUGAGGGCUCAUGUUGGGGGGAUCUCCAUCGAGGACCUCAGUGAUAUUACUCUUUACACGAAGAUCCUUACCACCGAGGACGACAAACUACUGGAUUUGAAGUACGUCAGACAUGCCCCCAAGUUGUAUUCAUCGAAACUCUCGUCUGACAUGAACUUGGCCGAUGCUCAGGGUGGCGAUGAUGUAAAGACGGAUGGAAGCUUCAAGUUGUCAUUUGGAAAGAUUAAUUUUGUGCUGCUGUCAGAGGUCUUCAGAAACUGUAGGCACUUCGGCGAACCCUUUGCACACCUUGUGAGAGCAAUAUUUCCCAACGGAAUCUCCAGAAUUUUCGUCAACUGGAGUAUCGAGGAACUCAGGAAGAGCCCGACCAAGCUGCACAUCUCCAUCGAUGUUCAGGGACCGACGUUCAUGUUCCCACAGAAGAGGGAUGCCCCCAAUGCUCUUGUUAUCGACCUUGGAUUACUAACCAUUGAGAAUUUCUUCAAGAGAAACAGAAGCGACGAAAUUGUUGUGGAUAAUCUUCUUCUGAAGUUGGAAGCUGUCAUGGUGUCCAGAGCCAUCAUGACUUUGGCGGGGGUGCUCAAGAUUCAGGAGCCUAUUCUCGAACAUGUUGAGAUGAGGCUCGAUGUUAAAAGGAACAUUGAGUGUAGGCGGGGAGGUGCACAGGUGUAUGGGCUGUGCGAGGUUGUCGGUUCAGUGGAACAACUGAUCAUAAAUCUCAGCCAGAAGGACCUGGGGGCAAUCCUCAACAUCUGGGAAGAUAAUCUGGGAAAAAUUAUGAGGGUGCGAGGCGAGGAGGGAUCUGGAGGAGAACACUGCGAGAGUUACUAUGCAGGUGAUGCCACCAUGAGGAAGCUCGAGGUGUUCUUCACCAAUGAGGAACAUCCAGUCUGCGAAGUGAACAUGAAAGUCUCCUUCGAUGGGCUGCAGAUCAAUCUCUUUUCGGAUUCCGAUGAGAUAUUGAGCUCGCCAGUGCGAGACCUGAACAAUGGUCUAGGGAAGCUGAACCUAGGAGAGGUGACAUUGGCCUUCGAAUUGUACAGCAAUCGAAGUAUGAUUAUGAAAGUCUCUCUGAGGACUUGCACCCUGGAAGACACUCGAAAGAAAUCAGCAGUCAUUAGAAAAAUCAUUCAAUCGCCGGCAAAAUCAGCUGGUCUGAAUUUCGAUUCCGUGAUCUCUGUGUCAGAGCCACCAGUCUUCGACUUCACCUUCACUCAGGCUCCAGCGGGUGACAAAUGCAUUGACAUGCUAAUCGAGGAGACCCGCAUAAACCUCUCGAUUCCAUUUUUCCUGCAGCUCACCAAGUACUUCGUGGAGUCCCUUCCCACCGAGCAGAUAGACAAGGGAGUCGUCAAUGAGGCAUACGAGGGGAAUACUCACACCGAUGUAAAUGAUAAAUCGAGGACCAAACCCCCGCAGCUGAUCAUCCAGCAGCCGAAUGAUCUAGAGGAGCAGUCGGGAACAUCGGUGUCCAUUAGAAUCAGAAAACCAGAAGUCCUGCUUUUUGGGGACCUCAUGGCCAGCAAUGCCCACGCUAUCCUAGUCCAGGCCGAGCUUAUGAUUGAGAGCAGCAAGCACUUGGGCUCGUCCUCAAUCGUCUGCAGUUUGUCUAAUGUCUGCGCGAAGAGCAAGAGCCAAGAGCGAUUCCGAAGACAACCGCCUCAGUGGGUUCUCAAGCCCUGUGAUAUCGAUAUAUGCACGACGGAGAAGAGCACGGAUGAUCAGGGACAGAUUAUGCUCGAUGUCAGCUCAGUUGAUGUUCAUCUUUCGGCUGGAACUGUUUGCACCCUGAGUCAGAUCCUGAGAGAUGCAUCCGAAAUACUGAAAAUCAUUGACGCCAAAUUUGAGAACAAGAAUGAUUCUUCAGAAAUUAUUGGGUAUGGCGAUCUUUGGUCCCCCAAGAAGAUCUUUUCAUCCCCGUACCGGGGAAAUUCGAAUGGACAUUGGGAGGUGCUCUCUCCACCUCUCCCUCCCAUCGAAGAUCCAGCCGUGAACUUGAUAAAGAUAUUGAGCCUUAAGCCCUUCGAGGUGCACGUAAUCCUGGAAAUGGAAGAUACCGUCGAGAGAAUUCCGAUGGUGAAAGCAGAGAUCGAGCUCGGGGCUUCUAUCACAUCCGUCAAUUCCACUUACAAGUUUGAUUCUAGUUUUAAAAUUCACGCAUUCUGCUAUAAUGCGAGUCGAGGUAGUUGGGAGCCUUUCAUCGAGCUCUGCACUAAGGAUGACGUUACUUAUUAUCCCUGGGAGCUGUCAAUAAAGGUAUAUCAAGCCGAGUCUCACGAGCUCAACUCCUGCCUCAAUCAGACCAACAACAACAACAACAAUCACUCCAAGAACCCAAUGAGACGAUCGACUCCCAAGAAAAAGCGAAUGGGCAAUCACAUCUCUAACGACGACGAUCCGAGCAACGAAGACAUGUUGUUCAUUCACCCAGACACAGCUCAGACAACCUCAAAAAUCAGCCUUCAUGAGUACAGUUUCGAGCACGACGAGGAUUCGGACUCCAACGACGACGAUGGCCCGGACAAACUCGUCCGAAGCUUUAGCCACCUCUUCACCAACGACGAGACCGAUGAUGACGACGACACAAACUCCGAUACAUCCAGCAAAUGCGAGGACGAGGGUCUCGAAUUGACGCCUGAACACGUCGCUACCAGAAAAUUCUCAUACACCUCGAUAAAACCUGCUACGAGAACACUGACCGAGCCCUCACCCAUUGCCAAUUAUAUAAUCAUCAGUGCUGAUGACAGAAUUAAUUUCACUGUUACUCAGAAUACAAUAGCAAUACUUGAUAUUAUAUUGAAUAUAUUCACGAAGAAUAAGACAGGAAUUCCUAUUGUCCCAACAAACGCUGGGAAAUUGAGUCUCAUGAAUGAGAUUGGACACAGCAGCAGGAUUGAAUUAAUUGCUGAAGAGAAGGGAAAUGAUACCAUCGGUCGAAUUCUCGCGUCCAAAGACUACAAUCCCCUGGACUCUCCGGAGAGUGUACCCAGUACGCCGGACUCUGAACUCUGCAUGAGCGAGCACUUCAUGGAGUCAGCAUUCAGGGAUGACUCCGCCGCGACAGCAACGAGCCUAAAUGGUCCAGUGAUAUUCCCCGACGACUCUCCAGUGCACAUCUACAACAGUAUGACGGAGGAGUCCCUGAGAAUUCACCUAGAUUCCUUCGAGGAUACAAUGAUCUACUGCCCAAAGUGGCAAGGCUACAAGCUCAUUCGCCUUAGACCCACCAAAAACGGGAUAACGUAUCACCUGAUCGUGGAGGUCUCCACGGAUCACCAUCUCCACAGGACCAUCACCGUACGUCCCCCAUUGCAGAUAAAGAACGAAACGUGUUACGCUCUGGGGCUCUAUUACAGAAAAAAAAUAGCCGAGGAAUUGAAGCUGGACAGCUACCUCGAUGGCGAGACCUCAAAUCCCUUCGACGACAGCAUGCGGAUGACGGUGAUCGAGCCCCACGAUACCUACAACGUUCCCAUGUACAUCAUAUAUCACUUCAGCAUCCAUUUGGCUCCCGUGCACUUCACCAAAUUCGAAGUCUCCCCCGUCGGCAUCUCCUGGAAGGAGCUCUCAGAACACAUGAACGUCCCCAAGGACAUCUACUGUACCUCUUCGUCAUCCCUCUUCGGUGUGAAGGUCUUCUGCAGUGAGAAUUCGAAAUACUCGAAGUAUCAGUGGGCAAAUUCUGGCCAAGUGCCCCAAUAUCUCAUCACCAUUGUGCCCCCUCUUGUCUUUGACAAUAAGCUGCCAUUCGUGGUUGACAUCAAUGUGCCAUCUAUCGAUUACGAAGUGAGGAUUGAACCUGGACAACGUAUCAACGUCUACAAUAUUAGGUGUGAUGCCGACACAACAGUGAACUUCAAGAUUCAAAACUAUCUGGGGUCCCAGUGGGCAGGAACAUUUAAAUUGAAUUCUGAAUUGGAGAGGAAACUCGUGAAGAUGUUUGCAGACGGUGAGACUGAUGCUGUCUGGAGGCCUUUCGUCCUCUGCGUCGAGUUGAACAAGAUCACCAGCUGGACAGUGGUCAUUUACUCCGAAUAUUGGAUCAUAAACAAGACAGGAUUGCCCUUGAAGAUCCAGGAGACGUUGUCCAAUACCGUUGAAAUUCCGGACGAGGAGCUUAUCGUAUUCUCCCAGAGGAAGAACAGACGUAAACCCGUGAUGCUAAAAAUCCACCAGUCUGACUGGUCCCUGCCGUUCAGCCUCGACGCCAUAAAUUCCAUGUCCUUGAUCGCUUGUAAGGACAUCGAACGCAAGAGGAAGUAUCGCAUUCUCACGGAAAUUGUCGCAUCCAGCCUCUCGCCAACCUUCACCAAGAUCAUCACGUUUCUCCCUUACUUCUUUAUCAAGAAUAAUACGAAACGAGCACUGAGGUUCAUGGAGGAGAACGAGGAUGCCGAUCUGUGGAAUGAUCUGAUGCCGGGACAAGGGACUGCCUUUUGGCCCUACACCGAUUCCCUGAAGAUGAGGGUCAAGUGGAAGAACAGUCAGUUGGUCUCUCAACAUUUUAAUCUGACAAGUGUCGGGAAAAUCCUUCUGAGGAUGGAGAAUGGAUCGGCUUUGGGUGUGGAUGUCGGCGGAGGAGAUAAUUCACCGUUCUGCAUCACAUUCGAAAGGUACACUUCAGGAGACGCUCCAGUACGAGUUGACAAUCUGUGCGAGGAUCUCUUCCUAAAAAUGAAUCAAGCAGACCUGGGUCAGGUGGCCCUCCUCAGCCCUUACCAGAGUCUCUUGUACACCUGGGACGACCCCACCGAGUCCCGUGAGCUCAUCUGGAACGUCUACAUUAGUAAAACAAAAGGCUACCCGGCGAUGUUCGAUACCGAUGGUUUCGGCCAGGAAAUCGUCACCUUCAGAACCCUCAAAAAAUUUCCCGGGAUGGUCUACUCCUCGAAGACCAAAGUAAAAACAACGCGACGUAGUAAAAAGCUCAGUAAAAAAUCUAAAGCAGAUUCAACCGACAAGUCUAUUUGCAUUGAUUUUCCGGAAGACAGCAGCAGCGAUACAACUUCAGACGACGAAGAAACUCCUCCAGACGAUGUAAUGUCUGUUGAGAAAAUUCAAAAGAACAAAACCAUCAUCUACUGGGUCAGCUACAUGGAGAAGAGACAACGAGUGUUGACCUUCACUCAAGAUGAGCACAUGUUCUACAGGAUGAAGUCAGUUGUGGAGCCCGAAUACAGUAAAACCGAAAUCUUCUUGGCCCUCUCGGGACUGGGUGUCAGUCUCGUUGCUGACGAUUGCACAGUAUCGAAGACCUCCAGUAGAGAACUGGCAUAUGCCAGUAUCACAGACUCCUCCGCUCAUUGGGAGCUCGACAUCGGUAAACGAUGGAAGUCGUUGACUCUAGAGCUCAAUGCCUGGCUCGAGGACAAGUACAAGACAUCAGCAGAGUCAGCCAAACUGGACAACUCCAUUGACGUCAAUUUCACGAAAAUGCACAUUACAAAACCCUUUUUCGGUAAACUCAGGAGGACCUACUGUCCAGGGAUGUGGCUGCACAUCAGGAGGUCCAACAGCCUAACUUACCUGCAGGGAUACGUCCAUCGGUUGCAGGUGGACGAUCAAAAGAAUGAUUCGGUAUUUCCAAUUGUCCUGAGACCUGGAAUCAAAAGAUGUUUGGGAAAUAGCCUGGGUGGAAGCAGAAUGAAACACUCGGUAGAAUUUCAUUUGCUGAAGCAAACGCGGGCCUCGAGCAAUGUCUUCAAAAGAAUUCAUCUGGUCGUGAGGGAGUUCCACGUGAACCUCCAGGAGGAGUUCUUCGUGGGUCUCGUCAAGGAGCUCAUGCCAAAGAGAAUUGACAACACGAAGACUUCCCUAGCCGGGAGGCUCAAGGCAGAUCUGGCGAAUGUUUAUGUUCCUUUGGGGGGCGGUGAGGGAAAGAAGCCCUGGGGGAAGGGGGAUAUCAUUGAACAUGUCUACGUCGCGCCGAUUAAGCUGCAUGUGAAGCUCCUGGCGUCUGCGGACGGGAGGGCGGCAGAUGGAGGAGUGGAUUAUUGCGGGGGUUUUGAAGAGGUGUUUGCUUAUGCCAGCAAGGGGACGUUUCUGAAACAGGCUGAGUUCCGGCUACCGCAUUGUGAGAGGUUCCAUGUAAGAAUGGGAGUCGGUGAGCUGUGGGCGGACGUCUGGAAGAGCUGGAAGGCCGAGUGGAGGCAUCAGUUCAAUGUCUCCGUGCAGGGGAUGACGGUGCUGGGAAACCCUUUCAGUUAUAACUUCAAAGCACCCGGAAAUGCAUUCUAUGAUACUGAUGGGCUUCAUCUCCAAGGUGACGAAACAGCAGAGAAAUUAGCCCACAACAUCUCCUGCCUCCUCGGCUAUUCAAGUCUGGACACCCUCCAAAUUCCUUUGAUCAAUCUGGGCCUCCUCGAGCAGGAGGCCCAACGUGCCAGGCCAAAGGUUACACGUUUUGAGAGCACUGACACACCCCUAUCAGCCAUUACUCUCGAUCGUUCCUACUCGAUAGGAGUUGAACUCGAAAUGUCUGGGUUAAUAGUCAAGCCAACGGACAAUACUCAUCAAGAGGAGCUCAAGUACUCGUUGAAGGAGCUUGGCAAGGGUAUCCUAAGCCUUACGAAACUCGAGGACGGUAAAUCGUCCCUCAGAAUUCAGCCUGGGCUCAUCCUGGACACGAUAAAACGCGCCCAGGAGAGAGGCUAUAAUUUUGUAUCCAGAAUUCGCUUCCCACGUUACAUUAAUCCUUAUUCAGCAGUCGAAUUGUAUUCGACUUACAAAGCGAGGGGAAUGUACCUUCUCAACACUGUUACGAAGAGUGAAUACCAAAAUUCAGAGACUUAUUGGGCGCAUGCUGCACUCUCCAACGAUGGCAAGCACAUUGCUCUCGUCUCACUCCAAAAAAUUUACCUUCUCGAAAAACGAUGCAGCAUAUGGGCGUCAUGGAAUGUCGCGUGGUCCAUAGAAACUAAGGAAUUAACUGAGGCACCCACGAUCGAAGGAAAUAAAUUAAUUCUUCAUGUAAAUAAAGUGUUACAGAACCAGAUAAUGUCCCAAUCAUCUCCAGACUGGUACAUGGAGUGUAAUGACAUAACGACCCUGGAAUGGCUCUCCAAGAAGAUAAAUACUGCCAUGAUCCUGAAUCUGAUAAAUUCUCGAUGCAGAACAAUCUGAGGCUCACGGCUCAUUCCCUCAACCAACUCAAGCCUGCUCCUCCUCCCUCAAUUCCCCGAAAUUGACAAUGUCAGAUAAUUGGAUAAAGUACAUCUAGUUUAUUUCAUAAUUUAUUUACAAAAAGUCUUAGUAAAUUACACUUACAGGCAUCUCCACUCGAAACUAAAGUAAAUAAUUUAAGAGCUACACGUAUUAAGAUGUCUAUAGAGUAGGAUACUUUGGGGGGCUGGGGAGUAAGCCAAGAUUCAGGGAAACGUGUAUGUUGUGUUAGCCAUUAAUAUCCUCACAGUUUCGUUACUCUCAUUGUUCAAUAAUCACCGAAAAAAAAAUAUAUCGGUCAUUAAAUUCCAGAAAAAUGAAUCGCUAAAAAUUGAUGAUUAAAAAAAUUCAUUGAAUUCUCCAACGAUGCCACAUAAUGAGGAAUGCCAUGAAAACCGAUAACCAAUUGAAAAACAAAGAAAAA